GAUGCUAUAAAUCCCUAACGCAAACCAUUCGCGUCUUCGAAACCUUCUCGCUCCCUUUCUCUCUCUUCCCCGAAGCGAAGCGGCGGAAGCUCUCUCCCUGUCGCGUCUUCCAAACCUUCUCGCUUCCUUUCUCUCUCUUCCCCGAAGCGAAGCGGCUGAAGCUCUCUCCCUCUCUUAUACUCUCCGGUUAGGAAGAAGUCGGCGGCCGACGGCACCCUAAUCGUUGCCGUAGGAAGAAGGGGAUGGCGUGGGGCGCAAGCCGAGUACGUCGGGAUUGAUUUCUCUCUUCUGGAGCUCACUUCGCCCAAAACCCCCAGUCUCUUGCUUGUUUUCUUCUCCAUACAUGGCGACCUCUGCGCUUUUCCGGGCCAUGAGGCGGCCUUCCACGCAGUCAGCUCUGAGAUAUGUGGCAAAUAUGCAUUGUCGACCGGCCAUGGUACAUGGAAAUUUAAGGGCUCGUCAAUUUAGUGUCUUCAAUGAGUUCUCAAAGCAAUUGAAAGGAGAAGCUAAAAGCAAUCCAGAAUUCCAACAAUCUGUAAAGGAGCUAAAUGAGAAAAUAGGGGUGGUGAAGGAAGAUUUUAAAGUAAGAACAAAAAAGACCUCAGAGAAGUUGUAUAAGAGCAUGGAUGAUGCUUUGUCGGAAGCUGAAGUAACAUCAAAGAAGGUUUCUGCAAGUAUGAAAGAGAAGUUGUCAGCAGCUAAAGAAGAGGUCAAAGAGACCUUUGGGCUUGGAAAACAAGAACCUUCAGAAUCUACAUGCAAUUCAACAAAAACUUCAGCAGCAAGUGAUGGAAGCAAUACCCCACCUGGAGAGGAGAAAUUUCAAAAUUUUAAGGCUGACAAUUGUAAAGAAUCAUCCGGACAAGCCGACACACUAUAUAGCAGGUUCAGAUCAACACUUUCAUCUGCUUCUCCAAGAGUUUCUGUGGCGUUUGAGAAAUUGAAGGAAGCAAAAAUCUCAAACUUAGCAAAGAAAGGAUAUGAUAUAGUAAAAGAUGAGCUAAGUUCUAACCAGACAAGGAAAAAGCGAAUGCAGUAUGCAUCUGCUUCUGCAACUUCUGGACCAACAAGUACAAGAACUGAUAUUGUUGUUGUGCCAUCUAAAAAAUCACUCUUAGGUGAGAAGUGGGAAGCAUUCAAGAAGAAGAUGGAAGAUCAUCCUAUUUUUAAGCGAGUGAGUGGCUUCAGCCGACCUGUUGUGGAUAUGGGUAAUGAGAUUGCAGAGGAUGUGCGAGAGCGAUGGGAGACCAGUGAUAAUCCUGUUGUCCACAAGAUUCAGGACUUGAAUGAAACUGUUUUUGGAGAAAAUGCGUCUGCUUUAUGUUUCAAGGAAAUUCGACGUCGGGACCCAUCUUUUUCUCUGCCAGAUUUUGUAGCUGAAGUUCAGGAAAUGAUCAGGCCUGUUUUGAUUGCAUACUUCAAAGCUGAUGUGGAAACUUUGAAAAAGUAUUGUAGCCAUGAAGUGAUUGAACGGUGUAAAGGAGAGCACAUGGCUUAUGAGAGCCAGGGCAUGUUUUUUGAUAACAAGAUUCUACAUAUUUCUGAGGUUGAUGUUAGAGAAAUCAAAAUGAUGGGAUCUACUCCCAUUAUAAUCGUAGCUUUUCAAACGCAGCAGAUCUACUGUGUGCGUGAUAGACAGGGAUCAAUAACUGCUGGAGGGAAGGAUACAAUCCAUACUAUAUAUUAUGCUUGGGCUAUGCAGCAAAUGGACGUCGAGGAGCUUGGAGAGGGAGCUUAUUACCCUGUGUGGAAAUUACGAGAAAUGCAGCAACUUGGUGUUCAAGCUCUGAUCUAGAGUAGGCCAUUUAAUUCAUACUUGGGCCUGGAUAUGCUUGUUUUUUUGGGCCAUCAUUGCAUCAUCAGAGAAGAGCUUGUGACCAUUUUGAGAGUAGCUGAUAUUUGGAUUCAUUUUUUUUUCCAUUGAUAUUAUUUUUCCCUAGAUUUUCCUGUCAGCUAAAGCCUCCAUCUGUUGUUGGAGAUUAUUUAUACAUCCUUUUUUUUUCUUCCUCAAGUUACAGUACAUUACUCCUGAAAAGAGCAGGUGGUCUUUUUGCUGUGUCUGAAUAACAUGCUUUGAUUGUCAAUCACUAACAUAAAUGUAUAAUUUUUGUGUAACAGUUAAUGUUGAGCUGUUAUAAUGAACAUUCAUUUGAAAUGCUACUUGUUA